UAGUUUAAUUGAUUAUCUAUGUUAGGAUAUAUUGGAUCGUACUAGAGGUAUCUACAUACAAGAAAAACCAGAUAGGAUGGCCCGUAUUUUGACGUUGCUUGUAUCGCUGUGUUUUUGUGGAGUUGUUUUAUCUCAAGAACUAGACGAUAACUCCACCUCAGUAGAUCCGCCGGUCCCAUCUGAGGUACCAAGGGAUCAUGCUGACGUACAGAUUCUUUACACGGACGAGUUGAUGAAGGUCAUAGAGAAAUACGGACUGACUGAUGACGACAUCAUGCACGUCACUAAUAAGGUCAAAGAGGGUAACCCUCCCACUGUGAAGAAACUUAUAAAAAAUGAAGAAACCGGAAACGAAGAGAUGGUCGAGGUAAAUCUUAAAAACUUCAUUGCCGGAGGUCACGUGACAGACCUGACGCCGAUUCUUUCUCCUACAGAAGCUCCAUCAGAAAAACCAAGCGUCACAGACACCGUGUUACCCUCAAUAACAAACCUAACACAGCCCGAACCCGAACCGGAAGUCAUGAUGCCAACAAGGGAAGAAAUUGUGGCUGGUCUCCGAAAACGCGAGGAGGAUUUACUGGUUAGAUUGGAAGAAAAUCGAAAGGAAUACGAACAAAUAGCCCAGGAAUUGAUGGAAGUUCGGAAGGAAAUAGUGAUGAAUACUCCAGAUGAGUAUGACUUGUUAGCAGGUGACGUAGUAACCAGUCCUGAUGUGCCUUCCCCAGUUAUAUUAUCACAACCUCCCGAAGUGCCCCCACGUCCAUUUAGUCAAACGCCUCGGGAAGCCAUUCCCGACGAUGAACAAAUUAGGAAUGAACAAAUCGCCCGCGAGAAUCUCCGAGCACAAAGACUGGCCGUUCUUCGGGGAAUUCUUCGAAGGAAUCUCCUGAGAAGACGUUUAGCAGCCUUGACCGGAUUUCCGGCCAAUCUUCCUAGAUCUAGAGAAUUCUUUGUUCAGCCAUCACGAACCAUUCUCAUACCAACUCGCCGAUUCGGUGCGCCUCUCGUUGUAAGAAUUCGUCGCCGUCCAUUACUGGUCAUGCCUACUCCAGUUACUGUUCCCGUGGUGCAGAAUCAGCUUCCGGUUGUUGUAGACGUACGCAAUCCGGAAAUCGAAACUAGACCUUUUGAUCCUAUACCACGUGUUACGAAUAUAGUGGUAGAUACACCAGAUGAUGUGGAUGAGCCGAGAUCAGACGUGCCUCUUCCUACAGAAGACGAAUCAGAUAGCCCAAUUCCCGUUGUUUAACCAA